GCAAGGACUCACCAGAAGGUUACAUUCACAUUGUUCACAUUGUACCUGGGGGGUUACACCUAGGCAUUCGCAUCUAUUUAAGUCCAUCAGAACGAGAAGACCCAGGCAGCUGCAGGCAACUGCUAUCACCGGCAAUCACUUGAGCAUCUGCAACUCUAGAAAUGUCCAGGGGUUCAAAACAAAUCUUUUGCUCCUUCCCAUUGAACAAACAACACCUGUGCAAACAUUGCAUCUUCAGAAAGGAAGCAACUACACACACAUUCAUCAAAUCCCCAUCUCCAUCCGGACAGUAACAAGCAAAUACUUCAGAACAAUGGACAAAUACCGGGCUCGAAAUCUAGCUGGUCCUGCUCUGGCAGGCAUCGGCUUGUUCGGUCUAAAUGCCAUGUUUGGCCAGAUCUACCGCAAUGGCUACAUUGGCCGCGUCCUCGACAUCUUGUCCUCGCCUAAGCCAGUUUUGCCCGGCUCUCAAAACCCCCUUCUGACCAGUUACCUGGGAUUGCCUGUGCUCGACGGCUUGCUUGCGGUCGCUUCUGUGCUCUGGGCCAAUGUUGCGGAUGGCUCGAGCCCGGUACUUUCUCUGUAUGCUCUUCAAUUUGGCGGCCAGCUGGUACCUAUCUUUUUGGUUAUGAUGGUCGAAGGAUCCAAAGUGGGUAACACUGGAAAUCCUCUGCACUUUUCUGUUUUGUGGGGGUACACAAUGCAAACAGUCGGAUAUGCAGCGACCAUGCCAAUCUACGCUAUCAUGCAUCUAUUCACAUCUCCCACUUUUAUUAGUCGAGGAAGGGCUCUAUCCAAGGCAAAUCGUCCCCGGACCUCUGCCUGCUUGACCCUCGAGGCGCUCGUCCCGGCGUUUUCAAUUGGCUAUCUACUACCCACCCUCUUGAUGGCCUGGCCGGUUUCGUCCCCCACGUUGCAUCAAUGGUUCGGCGUACUCUGGCAAGGUUUCCCGCUGUACGUUGUGGUAUGGCAGCAGGUUUUCACGCGCCUGAGAAAGCCGACCCUGCAAAGUGAUAGUGAGACCAUUUCUCGGGCUUACGACUGGGCUUUUAACACCGCUUCGGUGAUUCAGCUCUUCACCUAUACUGUCAUUUUGGCAGUGAAGGUUGCGCCUGGAUCUUUUCCAACAUGGGCCGUUGAGGAGUUCACCUUCGGCAGAGUUUUCAGGCCGGGUUCAUUCUUCUCGACUCGGCCUUUAACAUCCAUGAUAACGGCCAUGCAUGAAUUUUUCAAGUGGGAUCAGAUUAUCGGUUCUGCUGCAGCCCUCACUUGGGCGGUCACUCUAAACGUGACUGCGCGGAAUGAUACUAUGAGCUGGGGCGACUGGAUACUUCUUGGGUGGGACAUCCUACGAUGGAGUACUCUAGCUGGACCGGGCGGAGCGCUUGCGCGGCUCCUGCAGCGGCGUGACAAGAUCGUCAUAUCAGAGCAUGGACAAGAUAGAACCAAGGGAUCAUAGAGUAGAUAUGGCAUCAGUAUGUCUAUGAAACCCUUUCGUCUGUAAAAGCCACUGUUGGCAUUCCCCUAUUGUCACC